AUGCAGCCCCUUCCCCAGCAACAGGCGCUCCUCGAAGUGAGGCCACAGCUCGGGGCUCGGACAGGGCCUGGAAGCGGCGGCUCCGGCUCUUGGGACCGGAGCAGCGGACUCAGCACGCGGCCCGGAGGAGAAAAGCCCCGGUGCGGCGAGAGCGGGGAGCGUGGUGCCUUGUCCGGGCCUGGCUUUGUGCCGGCUCCUCGUUCGCAGGCGCUCGGAGAGCUGCUUUCCCGGCUGAUCGGUGAGGGGUCCCAGGGACCUCAGUCGGGAAUCGGCGUCCCUGCGACUUGGUGAGGCCUCCUUGGUCCCCCGGUCGAGCAACGCAGAUCUGGCGCUCAUUGCUCCUGCUCUUUUUCGAUGGUGCAAUCCUGAGCAGCGUCGCCGCGCUUCAAAGGGGGCGCUCAUCUGAUGAGGAGAGGCGACUGCGCAACCGCAGGGAGGAAAGGGCCGCCUGCCCGCGCCUCUGCUUGGAGGCGUCCCGGGGAUUUGCGAGGGGAGAUGAAGGGUGCUGGCCGAAGUGGGCCUCCUUUGGCCUCAUUCGGUUGCUGCAGGGCUCUUCUGGUCUUCCAGAUUCUCCCUGCCAUUUGUUCAGACCGAGGACCCUCUUGCCUCCUUUGAGCGCUUCCGCCCCCUCCCCUUGCAAAUACUUGGUCUUUUCUCUCCCUGCACACAGAUGGUUGUUCUCUGCGGCGUCUCGUGCGCUCCAAUGCACAUGGUGUGAUGGGGGGAGGGGGGGGGAGAGGAGAGACAGAACUCCUGGGUCCUGCUCCUGACUCAUCUUGA